AUGGGUGUGAACCAUGAGAAUGAGGACAGCUCCCUGAAGGUCGUCAGCAAGGCCUCCCUUACCACCAACUACGUGGCCCCUCCAGGCCAAGCCAGCGUGGGUCCUUCUGAAGCUGUUCAGUAUGGUGACAUCAACAGGGUGGUGAAGUCAGCAUCAGAGGGCCCCCUAAGGGGCAUCCUGGGCAGCACAGAGCAGGGUGUCGCCUGCGUCUUCAGAAAGCACCAGAAGCAUUCACAUAGGAAACGAACAAUGUUCACUGAGGACCAACUGGAAGCCUUGGAAUCCUUGUUCAGUCAGAACCCUUACCCCCCACCCAGCCUGCAGAAGGAGAUGGCCUUGAAACUGGGGAUCCACCCGACAGUACUACAGGUUUGGUUCAAGAACCACAGAGCAAAACUCAAGAAAGCCCAAUACAAGCACAUGCAGCAAAAACCAGAACCUGAACAAGAGCAUGUAGCUGGGGUGGACCUCAAGACCAGCUCUUCCAAGAGAAACAUGGCUACAUCUCCAGGAUUCUCUCAUGGUGCCUACCCUGCGUCCCUGGUUUACACAGAUCAUCCAAUACCUUCCUUCCAACUCCGCAUAUGCCCCAAUUUGAAGGCUCUCCCAGACCAUUCCAUUGGCCACAAAAUAGUCCACUUUGGCUGCUGUCAAGAUCCUAAUAUCUACUCCCUUUGUCCCAUUUUGGAAUCACAGAUUCUUUCUGCAAGUUUCACUGCUAAUCCCUUUGGUUCUACAUCACCACAAAGAGCCUUAUGA